CCGAAGAAAAGGAGAUGGGAAGUAAAUGGUGCCAUUCAACCAAAUAUAGUUCACGCAGUAUAUUUCGUGGAUCCGACAGAGGAAAGUCGUCCACUUCUUGAGAAGAUCCAAGAAGGUCAAUUUGUUGCUCUGCAUGGAGCUAGAGCAUCUGGCAAGUCUACGCGGGUACACCAAAUUCAGAAGCAGUUGAAUGACGAAGGCUACCCAUUUAAAAAUCCAAAUUUCACUCUGGAACAAGUGCAGUUUCUCUACAAGGAAUUCGAGGACGAAUAUAAUUUAACUAUUGAUCAGGAA